AUGCUCCUUGAUUCUCACCCCAAUCAUAACAACUGAUUCUCAAACAUAUAUUCAUUUCCAUUAUCUGAAUUACUUAGCAAUGGCUACUUCCAAAGCAGUUGCUGUUCUUAUCCUUUUCUUGGCAGCAUUCCUUCUGAUUGCCUCCCAAGUGGCUGCCAGAGAUCUGGCUGAGAACACUGAUGCCACUGAACAACAAGUCGAGGAAAGUGAAGCUGAAACUGACCAGUACGGAUAUGGAGGUGGGAGAUAUGGUGGCGGAAGAUACGGCGGCGGUGGAAGAUACGGCGGCGGAAGAUACGGCGGCGGAAGGUAUGGCGGAAGAUACGGCGGAAGAUAUGGAGGCGGAGGAGGCCGAUAUGGAGGUGGCUACGGGUGCCAGUACCGCUGCGGAUAUCGCUGCUGCUCUGCCGCUGAGAAGGCUGAGUUCGACGCUCAGGCCGACACCCAAAACUAGACUUGUUUCAGACCAAGGCAAAGCCAGAGAGUGCAUGCACUAUAUAUAUAUAUAUAUAUAUGUAUGUAUCUUGUGGUUUACUCGACCACUUUCCUUUCCUUAUGUGGUGAAUAAAUAAUAGUGUGCAAGAGAAUGAUCUGUAUGUUGUCACGAUCGAUCUAUCUAGGCACAGCCACUCUCCUGUAUGAGUAUGACUACCUCGUUACUGUGAAAUUUAUACUGCUUUCAAACUUA